AUGUCUGUGCAUCGAUUCGAUUAUCGUUGUUUGAUGUUCUACCUGGUCGCGUUCGUGCCUCUGUGCGUAACAAAAACAGAUGGGGAUGAAUGGUCGGAGUUGAAGCCAGGAGUCAGCCAUCAGACGAACAUCAUCCCACCCCCUAGUUCAAUUUCCGAAAGUGAGCGAAAGGAAAGAGGAACAUUCCGGAUCAUCAAUGGUACCGGUGCUUCCAUCUCCGAAUUCCCGUAUCUGAUUUCGAUCCAAAGAAUAAAGGGAAAACUCAGGGAGCAUAUCUGCGGGGGAACAUUUAUCAGCACAACCUGGAUUCUAACGGCAGCGCAUUGCUUACAAGAUGAAUCACCGAAAAAAACUUUGGUUCGAGCCGAAUCGACGUUCCACGAUAAGGGAGGAAUUUUACUGCGCGUGGGCCAGUUCGUUGAACAUCCCCGAUUCAAUUCCGUGACCAAGGACUACGACUGUGGUCUGAUACGGCUCGGUCAGGAAUUCCAUCGGGCCGUUCCGGUGACGUUGAAGGCUGGCAUCAAACGAUUUCCUCCAGGAGAAAUGUGCACCGUUAUGGGCUGGGGCCGGACAGCUCGUGCAAGUAACAGCCAACGGGUGAGGAAACUUUCUGUUCCCAUCGUAAAGCAGCGAACCUGCAAGGAAGCUUAUGUUGUCAAUGAUGUGACCAAACGGAUGCUGUGUGCUGGCUUUGCUGCGGGAGGUCGGGACUCUUGUGAUGGUGAUUCUGGAGGGCCAUUGAUUUGUCGCUCGAUUCAAGCCGGAAUAGUUUCUUGGGCCAUCGGGUGUGCGGAGAAAAAUAGAUACGGAGUGUACAGCGACAUGUCAGCUAUGAGAAGAUGGAUUCGAAACAUAACAAAUGUCUGA